UUUCAAAAAUAUUUCAACUUAGUUGUUGAUGGAAAAACCUUGCUCAUUUACUUACUUAACCGCUAUACCUUUGGACAGAGUGUUCAGUAAUCCUUACGUCCUUACGGACCCAGAGUGCCGCAGACAGCGACCUUAGCGUUGGAUUGGAGUACGCGGCCCGGGUGGCAUUGUUUAACUUCACCCCUCACGACGGAGACCAGAAAUAAUCUGCUUUUAAAACCAUUCACUACAUAUCCAAAAUGUUUAUUCAUAUGAGGGAAUACCAACAGUGUUAAUUUUUCAUCGUUAAUUUAUCGUGGGUGGGAUCUAUUAAGACGUCGAUAAUUACAGCAUUGUCGAAAAAUGACGUCAAUUAUAAAAUUACAUGCCAUUUCUGGAGCUCUAGAUGAAUCGCCUCCUUGCUACAUAUUGCAAGUCGAUGAGCUGAGAAUACUGUUAGAUUGUGGCUGGGAUGAGAAAUUCGACCAAGACUUUAUAAAAGAAUUGAAGAGGCAUGUUCAUCAAAUAGAUGCUGUUCUGUUAUCUUAUCCAGAUCCCUUACAUUUAGGGGCUUUACCCUAUUUAGUGGGUAAAUGUGGAUUAAGUUGUCCCAUAUAUGCAACGAUACCUGUUUAUAAAAUGGGUCAAAUGUUUAUGUAUGAUAUUUUUCAGUCUAGACACAACAUGGAAGAUUUUACAUUAUUCACGCUUGAUGAUGUUGAUGCUGCAUUUGAAAAAAUUGUACAGUUGAAAUACAAUCAGAGUAUAUCUAUGAAAGAUAAAGGAUACGGUGUUACGUUGACACCUUUGCCAGCUGGUCACAUGAUCGGUGGAACAAUAUGGAAAAUAGUAAAAGUUGGGGAAGAAGAUAUCAUAUAUGCCGUAGAUUUCAAUCACAAAAAAGAGAGACAUUUGAAUGGUUGCGAAUUAGAAAGGUUACAGAGGCCAUCCCUUUUGAUAACAGACAGUUUUAAUGCGACCUAUCAACAGGCAAGACGACGUACAAGGGAUGAAAAAUUAAUGACAAAUAUUCUUCAAACUCUUCGUGGUGGAGGUAAUGUUCUUGUAGGCGUUGACACCGCUGGUAGAGUUUUAGAAUUAGCCCACAUGUUGGAUCAAUUAUGGAGGAAUAAAGAAUCUGGUCUACUUGCCUAUUCGUUGGCAUUACUAAACAACGUUAGUUACAACGUCGUUGAAUUCGCAAAAUCGCAGAUUGAAUGGAUGAGCGACAAGCUUAUGAAGACCUUUGAAGGUGCGAGAAAUAAUCCGUUCCAAUUUAAGCAUUUACAACUUUGUCAUAGCAUGGCUGAAUUAAACCUAGUUCCUAGUCCAAAGGUUGUCUUAGCCAGCACUCCAGACAUGGAAUGCGGUUUUUCGCGCGAUCUUUUUUUGCAGUGGUGCAGCAAUCCUCAAAAUAGUAUUAUUAUAACGAGCCGAACUUCACCAGGUACAUUGGCUAGAGAUCUCAAAGAAAACGGUGGGAAUAGAAACAUAACUUUGGAAAUAAAAAAAAAAGUUAAAUUAGAAGGAGCAGAGCUGGAAGAGUAUUUGAAAAAGGAAAGGCUAAAGCAAGAGCAGUUAAAGCAAGACAAAAUGGAGACUGCUGAUGUCAGCUCGGAAUCUGAAGAUGAGUUAGAUGUAGGAGGUGGAACCGGUAAGCACGAUUUAUUAGUGAAGCAAGAGCACAAACAGGGCUUUUUCAAGCAAAGUAAAAAGCAACAUCCUAUGUUUCCUGUCAUUGAGGAAAAGAUCAAAGUAGAUGAAUAUGGAGAAAUUAUUAAACCUGAAGAUUACAAAAUCGCAGAAAUACUGCCUGAAGCCGAGGAAAAUAAAGAAAACGUCGAGACCAAAGUUCAAGACGAGCUAAUGCAGCAGCGUCCAUCAGAAUUCAAUGCUGAUAUUCCAACAAAGUGUGUCCAGACCACUCGCACUGUAGCUGUCAACGCUUCAGUGACAUACAUUGAUUUCGAGGGUCGCUCGGAUGGCGAGUCAUUACAAAAAAUCCUGGCACAACUUCGGCCUCGAAGAAUUGUCUUGGUGAGAGGUUCGUGGAAGGAUUCUAAAUUGCUGGAAGAGCAAGCACAGAAUAUUGGUGCACGUGUUUUGAUUCCUUCAAGAGGAGCAACUGUGGAUGCUACAACUGAAACGCACAUUUAUCAAGUACGUUUGACUGAUGCUUUAGUCUCUGGAUUAAACUUUUCACGAGGAAAAGCAGAUUCUGAAGUCGCUUGGGUGGAUGCUCUGAUAACGGCUAGAGAUCAAGUUUGUCGUGACGUUAUAAUGGAAACUGAAAAUGACGAUACAAUUGACAGAGCUGAAAAAAUUCAUACAUUAGAGCCUUUGGCACCCAAUGAAAUUCCAGGACAUCAAACUGUAUUCAUUAAUGAACUGAAAUUAUCAGAUUUCAAACAAAUCUUGAACAAAUCCAACAUUGCCUCUGAAUUCUCUGGUGGAGUUUUAUGGUGUUGUAAUAACACUAUUGCAGUGAGAAGGCACGAGGCUGGUAAAAUUAUCUUAGAGGGAUGUCUUUCUGAAGAAUACUUCCGAGUGCGAGACUUACUGUACGAACAAUAUGCAAUUGUUUAAUUACGUCUUUUCAUUAAAACUAGAUUAAGCGUGUAAAUAUAUAAAUAUUCAAAUUCAUCCAAUGAAUCAUGCGUGC